CUUUUCUCUCUCUCUCUCUCUCUCUCGCUCUCUCUCUGAUGUGUUUAAAUGCCUGAGAGACUGAGAGUGGCAGAAUAGAAGAACAGAGGAAAUGAAAAAGUUCAGAGAGCCUUUAGUGGUCUUUUUGUCCAUGAAUGAAGUGUGUGUGGGUGUGUGUGUGUGUGUGUGUGUGUGCGUGUGUGUGUGUGUGUGUGUGUGUGUGUGUGUGUGUGUGUGUGUGUGUGUGGUUUGUGUGUCUGUGUUAUGCGUGAGUGUGUGUUGUACACGAGUUUGGGGGGAGACGAGGUCCAGAACUGCCACUGAGGAAAAGUAUGAAAAGCCUUAAGGGGGAUUUCCUCUGAAAGAGAAAGCUUCUCUCCUCCCCCUCGCUCUCUCCCUCUCUCUCUCUCCCUCCCUCCCUCCUUCUCCCUCUCUCUCACUCACUCUCUCUCUCCAUGAAAAAAAGCACGGUGCAGUCAGGAAGCAACAGAGCAGCAAGCCAAGCAACAGGCUGCCUGACACUUUACAGCUUUCUGCUUUAGCUACUCUCGUGCAAACUGAGUGAAAACUCACUGUAGGAUGGCGGCACGUUACUACAGCCAAAAUACACCAGCCUCUGCAAGCCGGACAUUAGCUCAGAUACGACAGCCACUUUGGAUGUAAACGACCAUGGAAAUAAAUACCAGCCCAUCUGCAAAACUGAUCUGCAUUUUUUAUGGAUUAAUGAACUAGAACAUGACAGCUGGAUAGUGUGGAAAGCAUCGGCAAAAUGAACCCCUCCUCUCUGGACUGGUCCAUUCAGAGCGCAUUGUCGUCUCUUUUUCCUCCAUUUGAGGCCACUGCCCCAACUGUCCUGAGCCAGCUCUUUCGCACCAUCGAGGAGCGUUACCAUGGAGAUGCACUACAGUGCUUGCUGGACUACCUCAUUCCGGCCAAACAUAUCCUAGAGAGCGUGCAGCAAGCUGCCUGUGCUGAGUACUCUGAUGUGUUGUUCCGCUGUGAAGGUUGGCCACUCUGUUUGCGAGACCGUGUGGUGAUCCAGCUAGCCCCCAUUAAUCCUUUACUCUUACGUCCUGGGGACUUCUACUUACAGGUGGAGCCCUUUGGGGAACAGUCAGCCCGCAUAGUCCUUAAGAGCCUCCUUGUGCAGGAGGACCUCUUGGCACAGGAGAAUCUGGUGUUACAAGCAGGUCUCAGGGUGCAAGAGGGCCCAACAGUGGAGGAGACUCCCAUACCAGAGACAUCCUACCCCUGUAUAUUUACUGAGGCUUGGUUACAGGAGGUGAAUGAGGGCCGUCAUGGUAACCAGCUACAUCAGUGUGUGCUUUCCUCCGAUCAGGGGAUUGUGAAGGUGCCCUGGACGGAAGUGGUCAACCCAGAAUUUCUGGACAAGCCAAAGGCUAAGAUCAGGUCUGAAGAAAUGACAUCAUGCUCAACUGCAGCACUAAUAAUGCAAGAUAAUCAGUCUCCUGAGCAAGAGCCUCAGUCCCAGUUUCCUGUAAACAUGGCACCUCUGGAAAUAGAAACCAUGAUUCUUCCGGCAAAAGAUGGGGUUGCAGUUUCAGUUCGGUUGGUUGAGAGCAGCAGCAGACUUAUUAAGGUGGAUCAAGGAAAAGCUAUGAGCAGUUCUGUGGGAAAGCCUGUUGGCUGGGUGUCCCCUAAUUCCUGGGACAGCAGGCAUAAUCGAGAGCUGGAAGGAGAGUAUGUCGAUCUCUUGGAUUUUGCCAAGGAGAAGGAGACUUUGGCCUUCAACAAAGCUGCAAUACCUACAGUUCCAGUGUCCUUCAGGCCUGCUCCCCCUCCUCCAAAAAGGGAUGGUGUCCCUUGUGUCCAGGCUUCAGGAAUGAUGAAUGAGCUUUGCGUUCCAUGUUCAAAAAACAAGCAGUUGUCCCAAGACUUACAGAAGGGUUCAGAAUCCAAGUGUAGGCAUCGUCAGUCUUACCUAGCAGCUUUAAGAAACCCUGUGAGUUUUGAGAAAGCAAGUGUGAUGGCACCCCUAAAAGAAACCUGGCCAGGUUUAGGGGAAGCAGAAAUAGUUUUUGAGAAACAAGGCUUUGGAAUUGAGUCUCAGAGCUGUUCAACAGGCCAGGGUUCAACCCAGCCUGUCCAAAACUCAAUACAAUCCUACAAGACUUCAGGCCAACAAAAUGAAAACUUAGUUCAGCCUAAUAUGAACACAAAACAUCAUCAGAACUCACAGCCAAGCCCUCUCACAUGUCAACAGCCAAAGCCCUUACUUACUAAAGAUCUUCAUAAGACUGUUUUGGAACGUAAGAUAGUUUCUGACAACAAACAUCCCUGCCUGAGUGAAGCCAGAAGGCAAGAACCCUCCCAAAUGCGGAUGAGCAGCCAGAAACAUGCCAAAACUCAACACUUACCCAAAAUGGGACUAAGGGCUUUGCCUGAUCAUAGCAGCCACAGACAAGAGGCUAAUGCCUACAACUGUCCAGGUGUAGGAAGGAAGCAAAUUAUGGUUCCAUAUGGACCAGCAUCCCAGCCUAAAGACCUGACACAACCCACAGAGCAGAGACCUUCUCUUUUUCAUCUUCCGCAGCACAGUGAGAACAUGCUUCAACAUCAAUACAGUCCUAUGGACCAAAAGCCUUUCUGUGACAACAAAGCAUGUGCUGGAGGCCCAGGCUCACCUGUACAAGUGUUGAAGGUUUCAGGGAAAAGCAGAUCCAAAGGCCGCUCUGUAUCCUCAGUGUCAGAGACAGCCAGAGAGUGUCUGCCGGUGGACAAGAUGACCAACAGGAGUCGCAGUGAUGUCUGUCCAGAGAUCAUUCCCAUGGUUCCUGCAAUCCACUCUAUGCAGAACAAGAAAUACACUCCCUUUUUACUAGCAUCCCCGAAACUAGACAGACGGAAAGGGGCUAAAAAUGAUACAUCCACAUCUAGCACAGCUGAGCCUCAGUUUCCUCCACCUUUGAAUGGGGUGGUGCUCCAAAGCCCCAUCAUGGCGCUCCUCUCAGCAACCCGAGCACAAAUCUCCUCUGGACAAGGAAAUCAGCUUAUUCUUCUUUCCCAAGACCCCUCCAUCAAGGGCCUUUUACAGCUGGGCAUCAUCUGUUUGCCAGGCAGCCGUGACAGAGCAGGACGAGCGGUGCUUGAAGUCUAUGGGGGGAAGAAAGGCUGGGGGUCCCCUCUGCUCUCUCUUUUGGAGCUCUGCAGACUGCUCCUCUACCUGCAGUCCAUACCCAGGAGAGAGGUGCGAGACCUUGGAUUAACAGUUGUGAUUGACAGCAGGAAGGGGUCACAUCCCUCAGUGCUUUACAAAGCUCUGUUUUUGCUGCAGGAGCAGGCCCUCCAUGCUGUGCACACUGUUUUGUUGCUGGUGGAUAAAGACCAGAGUCCUCGACCAGAGAGGCAACCAGGAUUACAGAUGGAUAUUGUUACAUCACUGAAAGCUCUUCAUAAAACCAUUGAUGGACAGCAACUGAGUUCUGAAUUUGAAGGAACUUUCCCUUAUAAUCACACGGACUGGCUUCAGUUCCACCAGAAACUGUCCAUCUUCGAACUGGACCUACAAGGGGCGGCUUUGUUAUUACAGAAAGCUAUAAAGAAACUGGACAGCAGCAAGAAAACUGACACUGCAGAGGAUGUAAAGAGCUGCAUACAAGAACAGAAGAGCUCCAUGAAAGAGGUUCUGGAAGAUGCAAGAAUGGUCAUGCUUCAAAGGGAGGGUGGCGCUAUACUAGCCAGAAUGAAGAAGGAAGAGUUUAAAUUUGCCCAGUCUGAAGACUACAAGGACUCCAUGGAGUCUGUGACUUCUCUGUAUAACCAGGUGGAGGAGGGAGUUCACACUUUGGUGAUGAGGUCCAACCAGUCACUGCAGCACCUCGACCAUGUGCUCCUGCUGAGAGAAACAGAGGACCAACUCAACACUAGCAGAGAGUGGUGCGAGGAGGAGCGACAGAGAUGGCAGAGAGACACUGACCUAACAGAAGAAACUCGAGAGAGACUGGAGCAAAGACUAACAGACCUUCAUUCUGUCCUCACUGAGGCAAAGGUGAGAAAAGAGAAAGGAAUGACCAUGAUGAAAGAAGUGGAGAGGAAGAUCCAAGGAGCAUGCUAUCCUGAGACUGACAGUUUUCACAGUAACGUGACAAAGUUCAAAACCAACAUGGCUGCUUUUCUGCUACAAGCCGAGCAGCAUAAAUCGGACCUGGAGUCGUUCAUUCGUCUGCAUGGUUUCUGUGAGCAGGUUUUAUCUCAAACCAAAGAAUGCAGUCACUAUCUGGAACAGAUGGAGGUGGGUUGCUACCCAGUGAAGGUCAAUAUAAGCAAGCUGCAGACUUUCCAAGAGAGAUUUAAAGCCUUUUCACCCCAGCGCUUUGAAGAGGAGAAGAGUAAUGUUGUGGCUAUGAAACAUUCAGGAGAGCUGCGCAUGUGGAAGGAGGCUUGGGCAGAGUGCCAAGAUGUCAAGCAGAAACUGGAGGAGAAGCUGCUGGAGUGUGAUGAGAUCCAGAAGCCUCAGAGACCUUCACAAACGGACGUCGGGGUGCUGGCAAAUGCUGAGGCUUCUUUGCAAGCCCUUUCACCCUCCAUACCCAACUCCUCCUGUGGUGAUAUGGAGGCCAACCCUGAGUGGAGUGGAGCAGACAGUCGGACACAGAGCCAGGAAAGUUGUGCCAGAAGUGACAGUGAAGCUGUAAGCUGUUUAAAAAUCCAUUAUAAGCCUGAGGGGAAAGCCAGCGAAGGAGGCAAUGCACCUCUGGUGGUCUCAGACGUAUGCUUGAUUGAAACUAAAAACUGUGAGGAAGAGGUCAGAGCUGAACUUUUAUCUCAAACACAGACAGAGCAAACCCAAACAAACCCACAGCUCAUAAGGUCAACAAGUGAGGAAAACUCUCCCAGUGCUCUUCAGAACCAGUUGAAAGAACCCAUCCAUCCUCCCUCUGUCCUAAUAUCAAGCAUAGAUAAUGCUUCCUCAUUACAAAAUGUUUUACCAAUAAAAUUAAGGACAUUCUCCCGCAAACACAAGAGUGAGCCUGACCUCAAGGCUGUUCACCUUGCAGCCAAGGGUGACAGGUCACCAUGGAAACAAGCCUUAGGCCGGUGGCAUAGCGAGGGCUCCUGCAUAAGUGCCUCUGGUUCUAUAUCAACCUGCUCUCCAAUACCUACAUGCAAAAAACACUCUACAGACAAACACAAGGUGUUACUGGAUGACCAGGACUCUGUAGCAUCUCAUCAAGACAGACUGUACUCUGAGUUUCCCAACACACAAGCACAGUGGACAAAAACUGAUAGCAAAGACAAGCCCAGUGUUCCUCAGGAUGAAGAGCAAUCUCUGAUAUCUCGACAGGAAAGCUUCUGCUCCAGCGUAUCCAGCCCCGGACAGGGCUGGAUGAAGGAGGACGAAAGCUGUGGAAUCCACUUGAAUGACCGAUCCUCAGGCUCCUUCCCAGAAGACGCUAUAUGUCCAGACAAACUAGAAAACAGCUCAGCCAACAGCCCUACUAUAGCCCUGGAAAACAGCAGUAAUUUACUUAAGCUGCAGCACAUCAUGGCGGAGUUGUUGCGGACUGAAAGAGAGUAUGUGAAAGCGCUGGGCUAUGUCAUGGAGCACUACUUCCCAGAGUUGGAGCGCCCUGAUGUACCGCAAGACCUGAGGGGCCAGAGAGGAAGCAUCUUUGGAAACCUGGAAAAGCUCAGAGACUUUCAUCAACACCACUUUCUUAAAGAGCUAGAACUUUGUCUAAGAGAGCCUUUUCGUGUGGGACGUUGUUUUCUAAGACAUAAAGAAAGUUUUGGUCUCUACGCUCUCUACAGCAAGAAUAAACCUCACUCAGACAACCUGCUCAUUCACCACGGUAAAGAGUUCUUCAAGCAGAAGCAGCAGCAGCUGGGGGAUAAGAUGGACCUGUCAUCAUACUUGCUGAAGCCAGUGCAGCGCAUCAGUAAAUACAGCUUGCUACUGCAAGACAUGUUGCAGGAGUGCGAUUUGGGAUCACAACGAGGUCGCGAGCGAGCUGAGAUACAGGCUGCACUUGAGGUCAUCCAGUUCCAGCUUCGCCAUGGCAACAAUCUCCUUGCCAUGGAUGACAUCCAGGAUUGUGAUGUGAACCUGAAGGAACAAGGGCAGCUGAUUCGCCAAGAUGAGUUCCUGGUUUCCUAUAGAAAAAAGAAAUGUUACAGGCAUAUUUUCCUCUUCCAAGAUCUUAUCCUCUUCAGCAAGACCAAGAAGACAGAGUUUGGGAAUGACACGUAUAUCUACAAACAGUCAUUCAAGACCUCGGACAUUGGUAUGACCCAUAACUGUGGAGAUUCUGGACUGUGCUUUGAAAUCUGGUUUCGAAGGCGAAAGUCUCAGGACACGUAUACACUUCAGGCAGGAACCCGGGAGAUAAAGGAAGCCUGGACCAAAGACUUGGAGAGGAUCCUGUGGGAGCAGGCUGUUCACAACAAGGAGAUCCGUAUGCAAGAGAGGGUGUUUAUGGGAAUUGGCUACAAGCCUUUUAUGGACAUUAUGCCCAGCGAAGCUGCCAUCUGCGAUCGUGCCAUCAACUGUGCUCUAACAGGACGAGACUGCAAGGCAGCUGCUUUUUCUGGGAUGGCUGACUCUCAGGGCAGCUUCCCAGUCCAGAGGCCAAAUUCUACAGGUUCAGCCAGCUGUACAUCAUCUUCCUCUUCCUCCUCUGGUCGGGGCAGCAUGUCACCUGUGGGUUACCUGAUUGGUCCCAGUAGAAGAGCAGUUUCUGAGUCUGGCCAUGGAAGAUUCUCUAGUCCAGGAGUCUUAGAAGAGUAUGACAUAGAGCAGGAAAAUAGCAGCCAAAGUCUACUAGUGGACAGUUCUGAAUCCUCAGGAGAGAGCGUGAGUGGCUUUAGCAGCUCUGGCUACAGCUGCCAGUCUGUGACUGGAGGGGAACAUGAAGAAAAUUCUUCAGAGAUGCCUGCCACUGGUGUGAGGAAAGCAGGGCCCAACGACAUGGAGAGGAACAAAAACAAAUCCAAAAUAUCUUCUAAACCACAAAGCCAAAUAAGGGACCAACCACUCAAAAAGGUUCAAGGGAACAAUCACGUGGGAAAAUCAACCGAAGUUUAACUGUGAAUAUUAUAUACAGCAUUCAGUGCUAUGGACCACAUGGAGUGCUUGAUGUUUCAGCUUAACAAACCACAGAACACCUUAUCCUGGAGAGUGUGACAGUUUUGGGAUGGUGUAUCACUGUGCAGCAUACUAUAUAUUAUUUCUGAUGGCUUUUGUGGACACUAGCAGUUUCUGCUGACUCUUUUGCAGUGUAUUGUUUUUAUAGCCUUUUGGUUAACCAAAUUCAAAAUGAAUCUUCACCUUACUAGCUAAGGCAAGGUUAUGGUUACAUUGUUGGUUACUCUGUGUGUGGAUGUGUGGGUGUGUGAGUGUGUGUGUGUACGAGUGUUGAUCUGAGCUGUGUGGAUUUUAUAUUGGUGUUUGAGAGCCGUUUGGCUUUCAUCAAAGAGCAAUUUCUUCUCUUUUGCUUUUUGGACAGUUAUUAUCCUGUUCAUUGCUUCUUUUUUCACUAUUUUGUAUUUAUUGAAUUCAAAUAGAAAUGUUAAUAUUGACAUCUAACUAGAUAUAUCCAGUUGUGCAUAAUAUUAUAAGUGUAAUCAUCUAGUGAUAUUUUGUAGUCCCACCCCAUAGCACCCAUUAAAAGGUAACCGUUCCUUACAGAUAAAGGCUUUCCUCCCAAAAAAUCUCAUAACUGUAUCCGUUUUCUUUAACAGACUCCUGUGUGAUUUCAGAUGUUGUUCCCAAACCUACUAACAGGUUCAGAUUGCUUUGUUGUAAGUGGGAUAUUGCUGCACUCUAAGCAAGUGUAAUUGAAAAUAAAAAAGAGAACAGCACUUGAACUCAUAUCAAAAGAGCCAAAAGGCUAUGUGAUAUUAAAGGAGGAUCGUGCUUACAAAUGGAGCAAAAUGCUGCACAUUCACUACACUGGCUUGUUUAAUUUUGAGACUGUGGGAUAUAGUAUAGUAUAUAGGCCCACACUUAGGUUCAGUUUAAGUUAUUUUAACAUACUAAAACAUUCCACACACACAGAAAACAGAAAAAACAUCUGUAGUGUUUAAGGGGUUACCCAGUACUUAAUUCAGUUGUACUGAGUGAGAAAACCCACCACGACCCAGAAGGAUAAGCAGUUUAGAUGAUGUGUGUGUGUGUGUGUGUGUGUGUGUGUGUGAGUGAGAAAACACCUGGUACUGUGGAACUGUAUUGUGGGAUACAUACCUAUGGAUGCUCCAUUGACAACCUAACCUUUUACCUGAUAUGCCCCCUGUUACUGAGGUUUGGAAGGGUCUACUAGUUCUUGCAGGUUUUUGCAGGAAAGGGGAACUAUUGCUUUCUUCAGAAACAUACUAAAAUACUUACCGUAACCCUAUUCUUUGGACAUGCCCCACCCAGCAGCUCACCCCUAAUGCAUCCAAGAGAUGGUGUGUCAGGAACCUGAUAAUCAUAAGUUGCUCUGUAGGACUUUUGGCAAGCACCCAAGAGCAAACACAGUAGUUCUAGUUGAUGGUUGUUCUAGUUCUAGUGUCUUGUUGAUGAUACUAGAAAUGACUGGUUACUGUCAGAGUUCCAGAGAGGCAAAAACAGUCAACGCUUCAACUGUCAUAAAAGCAUUGGUCACAAAAACAGCAAAUUAUUCAAUUAUAAAAAAUAAUGUAAAUCAUCACCACAUCCCCAAACGUGAAUUAGCUGGAUUAGAAAAGAGGAAGAGCUGACUCACUGAGAGGCAUGGAUAGAAAGUAACUGUAAAUAUAAACUGUACUGUUAUUACUUUUUCACUUGAAAAUAGUCCAAAUUCUUAUUUUGUUCGAAAAAUAGGAGCAAACUUCAUUUAAUCAUAAUUGAUUCUAAAAUUCUAAAAUGAUCACAGCUGAAUUGAUGCCUUAAGAUCAUCAUGUCUGAGUUUUGCACCUUUACACCUCUAGUACUGACAUAUUCACGUUAAGUGUUUCACCACUGUGCAUUUAUUUCCCAAUCAUCAAACUGUGCAUUUAUUUCCCAAUCAUAGCCCAUCCUGAAAUUUAUUUCUUAAACCUACGUCCUCAAAAUGACCACAGACUGUGAUUGGGCUAUGAUUGGAAAACAAAUACACAAUUUGACCAAUAGUGAAAAAUAAUAGUCUGAUCUUUUCCAUCUUUUAAGCUUUGUCUUACAUUCAGAGGGAUUUUAGGGUUGGAGAAAUCAGAAGGAUGCAUUAAACAUUAUAUAUCUUUUCACAGUGAUUAAACUAUUAUUUAUACCUGUGGUUCUACAGUGACAGGAGUAGACAUCUUGUCUGAGUAAAUAGGCCUGAUUUUGCUCUGUAAAUUCAUACACAGACAAGAACAAUAGAGCAGUGUAUACGUCACAUACCAGGCCCACAUGAUGCGUCACAGUUCCAGACGACGCUCCUAAUCACAAUGUUACUGUUUCACUGGUUUCCUCCAGAAUGAGGUCAAAUGGAGUUGAUGAAACCUUUAUGGGAAGUUCAUAGGAGUGAAACAAACGUAAUAGUUCUGAAACGUCCACUUCCUUCACUGUCAGAAAUGCUGUGUUAUCACAAUUUUAACACAUUUCGUGUUGAAACACCACAAACAUGUUGAAACAUUUGACGUUUUUGUUUGAACUAAUGAACUAUAAAUGAAUUGAUGUAACUAUUGAGUUUUUCUUUUUUUGGUUUUAUUAUAGUGUAUUCUGACCAUAAGGACAUAAGAAAUUACAACAUAUCUUGGUUGAAAAAAAUUGAACACAGACAUUUUUUAUAUGUUAAUAGAAAAUAAUGCAU